AUGCAGGGGCUGAACACCCAAAACAUCCGCAAGACCUCGUCCAGAGUCAACAUAAACCAAUCCCGGCAGCCCUCUGGUCCCAGUCCUGCGGCAACAGCACAAGGAGCCGCCAAAUCACCGGAUUACGUGUAUUUUGACAGAAAUCCUUCAACAUGCUUCUCUGAAGAAUCGCAGAUAAGAGCCAAGAGCGCCCAACUGAAGCUGGAGAACUACUACAAAGUAGCGGUCGAAUCGGCAGUCGAACGAAAUGCACGACGUGUAGAACUUGAACGCAGGCUCCAAGAGGACACCCUAAUCUCUGAUUCAAGAAAGAAUCGGCAGUUACAACAGCUUGGCAAGAAGGAAUCCACGUUCCUGCGACUUAGGAGGACCAAAAUUGGCUUGAAUGACUUUAGGACUGUCAAGGUCAUCGGGAAGGGAGCUUUUGGAGAGGUACGGUUAGUCCAGAAGACGGAUACAGGGAAGAUAUAUGCCAUGAAGCUGUUGAGGAAGAAUGAAAUGUUGAAGAAGGAUCAGCUCGCACACGUCCGCGCUGAGCGCGAUGUACUUGCCGAAUCCGACUCUCCAUGGGUGGUCUCGCUCUUCUAUUCCUUCCAGGACCCGACGUAUCUAUACCUGGUCAUGGAAUUCCUGCCGGGCGGGGAUCUGAUGACCAUGCUAAUCAAGUACGACACGUUCUCCGAGGAUGUUACGCGAUUCUACAUGGCAGAGUGCGUUCUCGCCAUUGAAGCUGUCCAUCGAAUGGGAUUCAUCCAUCGAGACAUCAAACCGGAUAACAUUCUGAUCGACAAAGACGGACAUAUCAAGCUGAGCGACUUUGGUCUUUCCACUGGUUUCCACAAGCAGCAUGAUUCGAGUUAUUACCAACGCUUGUUAGAAUCGGCCAAAAACUCGUCGAAUAAUACACCUCAGUCGUCGAGGAACAGCGUCAUGGUAAAUUCCAUCAACCUCACUAUCAGUAAUCAAGAUAUUGCAACAUGGAAAGCUAAUCGACGGAAACUUGCCUACUCCACUGUCGGUACUCCCGAUUACAUCGCUCCAGAAAUCUUCCUCCAAAAGGGAUAUGGAAAGGAGUGUGACUGGUGGUCACUGGGUGCUAUCAUGUUCGAGUGUUUGGUGGGAUACCCUCCAUUCUGCUCCGAAUCCACCCACGAGACAUAUCAGAAGAUCAUUCAUUGGCGCCAUUGCCUUUCUUUCCCGAGCGAUAUUCAUCUGAGCGCGGAGGCAUUGGAUCUAAUACAAAGGAUGAUCACCUCUGCUGACCAGAGGCUAAAUGUGGACCAAAUCAAGCGACAUCCAUUCUUCUAUGGUGUGGACUGGGCUACCAUUCGACAGAUAGACGCGCCGUUCGUUCCUCGGCUAAGCUCGAUCACCGACACAUCAUAUUUCCCAACGGACGAAAUCGACCAAGUCACGGACGAUAUUCCCCAGGAUGCUUCGUCCGCGGACAAGGAUCUUGCAUUUCUUGGAUACACCUUCAAAAGGUUUUCAAUAUCUUCGCAUGCAUUCUAA